AUGGAUGACAAGCAAAAGCUCUUUCGUCUCACAAAGAGGCUAAACGCAGAUGGUGCUAGAGCUCAUGCGCAGUACACCAACAUGGACACAAUCACAGCUCAGAUGAAGGCACAGAUGCUGGACGGCAAUGCCGCUCUCCUGGAUCUAGCAAGUGAGCCAGACGAGGGUCUUCUCUUGCAGGCGGAUGCUCCCUAUGAUGAUCCAUACACAAAGCGGCGAACCUCACAGCGCCAGGGGCGCCUGCCAGAUGAGGUCGAGCUGCCCAAGAUCCGCGUGGUGGUGCGGAAAAGGCCGCUCAAUCAGAAGGCAGACAUGAUGGAGUCGCGGCUGGUGGUGCACGAGCCGCGGGUGAAAGUGGACCUGACAAAGUACGUGGAGCACCAUGCAUUCGCAUUUGAUGAUGUUCUGGAUGAGCAUGUGUCCAACGACGCCGUAUACCGGUCCACUGUGCAGCCCCUGGUCGCCACCAUCUUCCGAACCGGCAAGGCGACGUGCUUUGCCUACGGGCAGACAGGCAGCGGCAAGACGUACACGAUGCAGCCGCUACCGCUGCGCGCAGCGGCAGACAUCUUCGAGUACCUGGGCUUUGCAGAGCACGCCGAGCUGUCGCUGUGGGUGUCCUGCUUCGAGAUCUAUGGCGGCAAGCUGUUCGACCUGCUCAACGGCCGCCAGGGUUUAGUCAUGCGCGAGGACGGCAAGGGCCGCGUCUGCAUCGUCGGCCUCAAGGAGGUAGAGGUGUCACGCUCGGAGACCAUCAGGGAACUGGUGGCCCAUGCCAACAAGGCACGCAGCACUGGCAGCACCGGUGUCAACGAGGAGUCCUCCCGCUCCCACUCCAUCAUGCAGUCGGACCACCCGGUGGGGAAGAUAUCCUUUGUGGACCUGGCCGGCAGCGAGCGAGGCGCAGACACAUACGACAACAACAGGCAAACGCGCAUGGAAGGGGCACAGAUCAACAAGAGCCUGCUGGCGCUCAAAGAGUGUAUCCGUGCGCUGGACGCCUCUGCACAGCACGUCCCCUUCCGGGGCUCCAAGCUCACAGAGGUGCUCCGAGACUCCUUCACAGGCGACCAGGCCCGCACAGUCAUGAUUGCCAAUGUCUCCCCAGCAGCGACCUCCUGCGAGCACACCCUCAACACACUGCGCUACGCUGACCGUGUAAAAGGUCUGCACCUACAUUCUUAUCCUCUUACAGCAGCCGCUGAGCCCAUCCCUGUCUUUGCAGUGCUCUCUGCAGAGCUGCGCAAGGACAAGGGGGCGCGCUUCUCAUGCGCAGCGAGCGGCGCGCCGGUGCUGCAGCAGCCACAGAACGGCCGCGCGCCGCCAGCAUCUCCUAGGGAGACGGACAGGGGGAGGUCCCCGCUGGUGGUGCGGGGACGCCGCGGUACGGACGACGCAGUCAAGGUGCUGGCGGCCAAGCGCGCGGCAGCCGCCGCGGCAGCUGCAGAAGAGCUGGCCGCAGCGCGGCUGCCCGGCCGGCGUGCCGUCUCGGAGGAGCAGCGGCCGCAGCCGCAGCCGUCGCGGCGCGCCACCGCAGCCGACGAUGCGCCGCAGCCGAGGCCGGUGCGCCGCAGCACGACCGAUGACUACCCUGCCAAGCCUGCGCAGGCUGGCGCCAAAUUGGGCUCCCGGCGCACCACUGCUGACGAGGUGUGCCUCUGCCGCCACAGCUUCCCCUCCAUGUCUCUUACAAAUGCUGCCAGGGCCAAGGCACCAGAGGCUGACUGGAGGCCUGCUGCGGAAGCCACCAGGCGAGAGGCAGCAGCAGAGCCCGCGGCGCCUGAUGAUGCAGCAGAGAUCCUUGAAGAGGAGGACAAUCUCAUUGCAGCGCACCGCUGGCAAAUCGAGGAGACCAUGGCCAUCGUGAGGCAGGAGAUGAACCUCCUUGGACAGAUCGACCAGCCGGGGAGCGCGAUCGAUGCGUACAUCGGGGGCCUGCGCGAGGUACUGGAGCGCAAGGCGUCCAAUAUCGCGCAGCUGCAGGGGCGGCUGGAGAACUUCCAGGCGCAGCUGCGCGACGAGGAGGAGCUCAGCGCCGCCAUCAGCGCCAAGAUGCACCUGCGCAAGGGCGAUGCCUACUAG